AUGAAGUCGAUGGAGUGCAUAUGGCGGCUGCUCUGCCGCCGCUGCUGCAGCCGCCUCAGCCACCUCAGCCACCGCUUUGUCUCCGCUACUGCACACAACCCGGGCCGCCUCGCGCACUCCCCGACGCCCCAAGCCCCCGAGGCCUCCGCGGCGCAUUCGGCCAAUCACAGAGCCGCAGCUCCUCCCGCCCCCGCCCUGAUGCGACGCCUCCUGAUUGGCGGACUCGAAGAAGCCCUGGCGCGCCCUCCCCCCCUCCCCGGUCUGGUAGGGCGAAGGAGCGGGCGCGCGGUCGAUCGAGCGAUCGGUUGGCGGCUCUUUCUCCUGCUCUGGCAUCCAGCUCUUGGGGCGCAGGCCCGGCCGCCGCGGCGCGCGCCCGGUGGCCGUUGGCGCUCGCGCCGCGUCUUUCUUCUCGUACGCAGAACUCGGGCGGCGGCCUAUGCGUUUGCGAUUCGACGAGGAGUCGUCCGGGUGGUCGGCGGCGGCGGGCAACUGCUCCGCCCCGCUCCCGGGGAGGCGGCGGCGGCGGCGGGAUUUGGCGCGGCCGGGGAGGCGGGGGUGGCCGGGGCCGGCCUGGAGGCCUGGCGCCACCCUUCGGGGCCUGCAAGGACCCAAUUGGGGGGGCAAGAGGGCGCUGGGGGAUGGUUGGUGGUGGGCUUUCUACUUUGCCUUUUCCUCCUUAUGCCCCCUUAGUGAGGGGCGGGAGCUCUGGCGGCAGCUCCGGGGUGGGGAGACAAGCCCCGGAGUCGGAAGAGCUGGGUUUGCUUCCGGGCCUAGCCACCAGCUGGCCGAGUGACCUUAGGCAAAUCACUCUGUAAUUUGUCGGCGCCUCAGUUUCCUCCUCUGCCUAUCAAUGUUUGUGGGGUUGAAAGCGCUUUGUAACGUAUAAAGCGUCGGUGUACGGAAGGGAUGAUUAUUGUUUGUAAUGGGGUUUUUUUUGAGUUGUAAGAAAAGUUAGCAAUUGCCCAGUUCUUGAAUUUUGGAACCUGGGAACCUUGGAUUGAAGUUGGAGAUCCCCCAAACUCCCCGAAAUUGUAUGUAGAAAUAGUGGGAGUGUGCAUUUUGGGGACUGAGGAUCCAUCGCCAGCAAGUUAUCAACGGGGGCUGUAACCCAGAAAAGUUAAGAACUACAAUUGUUUUAUGCCACAGGGAGGAAAUUGAGGCCUAGAUGUCAUUUGGGACCCUUCACAACCGAUUUGAAGCCCCUGUUUGAAUCCCUGGGAUAUGUGAGCUGUUUCUAUGCAUAAUGGAUAUUUGGGGUAACAACGCUCCAUUGCUUGGCUUCUAUUCUGAGUCCUUUCCCUUUACCAUGGGGUGCCUGAAGGGUGGCUGACAACGUUGGUAUGGUUCAAUGGCACCCAACAUAAAGCAGCUAAAACGAGAAAUGAGUGUGUUCUCUAGUAUCAAGAAGCCUGUUGAAGCUUUGGCCCAGCAAUUCUUAGUGUUCUGCUGCUUAUACUGGUACCUGACUACCUGUCUCUUUCAUUGACCAUUUUCCACAACCAUGGUUGCCAUCCAUUACUUGCUUCUAUUUUAUAUCCUUAGUCUGUGCGGUUGGUAGUGAGCAGGCUUAUUUUUAAAUGGUGCUGCCGAGUCCAGCUAAUUAAUGGUGCAGGUGGAUUUUUAGCAAGCUGGCUCACUGGUACACAGACUAAACCAGGCCUGGAAUUCCUGAAGAUGUUUGGGGGUUUAUCUUUAUUAAUUGAAGGUUAACACUCUCUGAAGAGUUUUGUUAUGACUUCUGCUGAACUUCAAAAUCAGUAGAUUUGGAAGUGUUUCAAUGCUUAACUUUUUUUCUGGCCUGCUUUGUAUUCUCUUUGCUUGCAAGUGUGUUACUAAGAUGGCCAAAAUGCCAGUUAUUGCUUCUUUGUUAAUUGUCAGCUGCUUUUAUCAAAUUCCAGGCCAUUGUCCAGCAAACACUAUAGAAAUGUUUGAACAGUUGGAUUUCAAACAUUUUAAUUUUGUGGAGUGGUGCUUACCAGUGGUACAGCUCUAAGCAAGUGAACAUAAACACAUUUAAGUGUAUUUUGUCUGGUUAGGUGUUUACCUGUUUUGCUAUUUCAUACAAAUGUCUGAGAAAAUCAGUUGACUAUUCCUUUUACCUAAAGGGCAAAGACAAAUGAUCUCACUUCCAGAGAAAUGACUGUUUUGGAGAAAAAUGUGUUGGUCUUUUAGCUCUUUUGUUAUUAUCUGGAUGUACCUCAAAAGAAUCUUAAGACUGUGGUGAUCUUAUAAGAUGCUUUCCUCGGGAGAAAGGAGGAAAAAAAACAACUGGAACUCAAAGCUUGAAAUUCUGUGACAAAACAUGAGAUGUCCAGGAUAGGAGGCCGAAAAGGUUUCACUACAGUGUUCUGCACUAGCUGGAGCAGAUGCUUUUCUGCGGAGCCACGGCAUGGCCUCCAGAUUUCCAGAUUUUCAACACUUGGGACCUGAAGAGUGUGUCAGGAUGUGACAGGAACUCUGGAGCUGAAUAUUUUUGGUUUUGAAUUUGGGGGCUGUUGACCUUGCUUUGAGAAGAGACAGCAACUGAGCAAGCGCUGCCACCAGCACCAUUACUGGGAAUUUGAAGACCUGAGUUUCUGCCAGACCUUCAGUGCAAACUCUAGCAACACUCCAUCAAAAGUGAACUACGUCCUGUGCCUCCUGAUUGCUGAGUGUUCACCUGGACCUUCUGACUACCUUCCUUGUACUGUUCCAUCAGCCUACAGAUCUGGUACCUGGAUUUUUGCCCUUGGUGAUUUCCUUCACCUUACUGCUGAAGAAGACACCAUUCCAGUGGGCCACUGUGAUCCAAGAGGCAUUCAACCAUCAUGAUGUGGCCUUCACCUCCACUCCUGUCCUGUUCCACCCAGAUUCAGCACAGCCCUUUAUAGUGAAGUCAAACUGUUUAAGUCAAGUAGCUGAAGCUAUUUUAUCACAACAAAGGCCCAAUUUGUUCCUUGAUUGUGCAUUUCAUUUCUUCAGUUAAAGCCUUCAGAGACACAUAAUAAAUUUGGACCAGAGGAUUUUUAGUUAUCAACACUGAAGAAUGACAACAUCUUUUCAAGAACGGCAUUGGACCAUACCCCACAAUUUCAAAUGAUUGAAAUUCAUGAAGUGUCUAGGAUCCUCUCCAGGUCACUGGAUCUUAUUCUUUUUCCACUUCAGGUCUAUAGUAGCCUACUGAAUAGAAAGCAGAUAUUCUGACCAGCAGAUAUUGGGAUUAAAACAAAGGCACAGUGAACUCACAGCAUCUUUGGGAUUACUCAGGAACCAGAACUUUUCACACAAAUUUAAGAAAUUCUGCCAAGGAAUCCCUUUAUCUAACAGCAUCUCACAAAGCUGCAGUCAGAUUCCAGAAAAGGCAUCUUGAUACAUCCAGGUAGAACCUAUAAUGGUAAUCCCUUAUGUUUAUAUAGCACUUUAUAGUUUCAAAGCACUUUUACAUGCAUUAAUCUCAAUUAUCAAAAUAACACAGUAAAUUAUAAUCCCUUUUUGCAAAUGAGGAAAUGGAAAUUUAAAAGGUUAUCCAAGGUGACACAGCUACAAAGUGGUAGAGGUCAGGCCUUCUGACUCCCAGUCCAGUUCUCUCCAUGGAAUUAACUUAGCUUCAACUUUACCUGCAGUGUUAAGAUGACUGGAGGUUGGUAACCCCAGAAAAGUUUUUAACUUCUGAUCUGGUACCCUCAGUCAGUCAGGAUGUCAUAAGUGUAAUCUUGUGAUGGCUGCACCUAGACCAGAAUUCCAUGGCAGUAUCCCUAAGGUUUAAGAGAGGACUGUCUCCAUAGUGGCAGAUUAUUCCAGUCAACAAGGCACACGUUCAUCUGACAAUAAGACUAUGUAACAUGAAACACAAAGCUACUUUUAGAUCUGUUGUUCCCAUGGUCUUCCCAAAUGGCCUAAUUGAUUGGAGAUCCCUGUUCAUGUUUUGUUCUCUUUUUUUUUUCCCUAGGUUUUACUAAUAACUCUUAGACACCAAGAUCUUAUCUAUGGUCCUCUACCCCCAAACAUGUACUUGACAUGAGUCCUACAUUUUUUUAGAGCAGUGCUGUUCAUAUAUGUGUGUAUGUAUAUUUGAUGCAUACUCAUAACAUGUAUACGUAGAGCUUCCAUAGUCCUGUAAGAUGGUAAAAUAUGUGUUCCCUCCCCUGAUUCAUUGUAGUGUAUUAAAGGAUCUCAGAAGGCUUGCGACAAAGAGCCUCAUUGAGCUGUUUAGCCCAGUGUGUCCUAAGUAUAAUCAAACACAGAAUGUUAUUGUUGCAGCAUUCCUUUAAACGGAAUGGGGAAACUGCUUUAAUGCAGUAUAGCCAGUACUGGAGACCCAGGAGUAAACAGCAUCUUUGAAGCCCCUCCCCCCAUUUCUGACUUUGUCAGUAACUGCUUGAAUUGGUAUGUCUUUAUCAUCUGAGAGUCCUACAUCUUGACCAUUACCUCUGUUUUUCUGUUAAAGGAACCGUUAGAAGAUCUGUGAGGAUAUAUGGGAAGGGAAUGGGGAAAAGUUAAUGUUGACCCCCAAAUUGGAUGAGUUCCAUGACAUUUAGCAAUAUACUUCUCUGUCCUUAGAAUUGUGCUGUAAAUCUAGCUCAAAGGCAUUGAGUCUCAGGUGGGUGAGGAGAUUGGGAAGGGAAGGGAGGAGGAGAAAGAUGGAAAAAAGGGGGAGGAGGGAUGAGAAGGAAAUAUUUUCUUAGAAUUUGAGUUGUGGCCCAUUGAGAUCUUACCAGUGCUUGAAGAGAAGUCCUCUAGCCAUGGACUUGGGAUAAUAUUUGCAAAGAAAUGGAAUGCAUUUUGCAGACGUAUGCUGACUGCAAAAAUCCAAUGCUGUUGUCACUUAAAACCAAUAGCCUGUUCUCUGAUAGUCACAAACCCAGUUUGAGGCCAUCAGAAUUUACAGCAAACUUGAAUGUUAACAUCAUUCUGUAAUGUGGCCCAUAUUAGGGAAAGAAUGACUAGGAAAACACCUUCUUGGCUUACCAUAGACUUUGCUCACAGUUUCUGGUUUCUGUGACCUAUUUUUUGUAUUUCAGCAUUUUGUGAACAACUUAUUCUUAGAUCAUUGGUUUUCCAAAGGCUUUGUGACCAUGAAGCCCUUUGGAUGAAAACUGUGUGGAAGCCCAGAGUAAAAGAGAAGCUGCUGUAGAUGAAGCAGGAGUGGGGGGCUUGAAACCUGCCACACAAGCAUCUUCCUUUACCACCAUGGUGACCCCUAAGGAGACUUCUUUACAACACCUAAAAUUCUUCAGAACACAGUUUGAAAACCACUGCCCUAGACAACAUGUGCAACCUGAAUGGCAUUCUGAUCUGUACCUCUACCCAAGCCAGUCCGUGUUCAGUUGAUGCUGCACAUUCUUAGGAAUACUUACCGUGGGCAGAAUCAGAAAAGUGCAAGAAGAUGGGCAUAUCUUUGCCCCCCCAGAGUAGUCAUGUGGGCCGAAAGUGGUAUCAAAUGGACCUAGAUUAGCAGCCCUGUACCCCCAGAUGGAUUUCAAGUCAGUGAUUCCUGGGAUUCAAUAUAGUCAGCAAUUCAUAUGUACUCCACACUGACACACCCCCUUACCCAGCCUCUUUAACAAACACCAGAUGCUCUAGCGGUACUUGAAAUAUGUAACUUUGAAGUCUUGAUCCUCCUUGGAUACCUGAAUCGCCAGGUAUUGAAGCUGGUACUAAAGUUGAUGAUGCCUCAUUGAGGCCAUAUUAGACCAACUUGUACAUUGGACCUCCCAUCAUCAGCCAUGGUACUUUACUUCGUGUGCAAGGGAUAACCAUUACCUAUGAAAGUAGAACUGAAAUUCUGGCAACAUUACCUAAAAGGGUACCUGGUUAUUCAUCUUAUUCUCAAAACUACCAGUCACUAUGACUCAACCAGUGGCAGUUACACUGCUUCUUGGUUAUUACUCAGUUUAACUGCUGUUUCCAGGAUAAAUGAGCUAAUAACCUUAAAAAAGUUUCCUCCAUCAUUGGCAUGUCUGCUCCACAAUUAUGAAUACUCUGCUCUAACUACAUGUAACACCUGAUCCACAAGAGACUAUUUUUGAAUAUCCUCUCUCAUGUAUGUGAUUUUAAAUGUGAUCUUUUGGAAAAUUUUCUUCUAACCAAUGAGAGGUGUUCUUUUAUGAUGGCUCUUUUGAUGUCUGGUACCAUCAACUGCAGGUGUUAGGGAUAUUUGGAGGUAGGCCUCUUGACCAGGCCAUGGUAGCUUGCUUGCUGGGCAUCUCAAGUUACAUAUCAUCUACCUUUUUGCUGGAAAUGUAGACUGACUUGAAAAUCUACAAAGCCUGCAGCUAAGAUUUUAUCAGUAGACUCAAGAGCUUCCUGCAGCUUCUUCCUAAUGUUACAAGACCAAUGUCUUGUCUUUGUGGAUGUUUUCAUGGAAUUUCAUCUGUCUCAGUACUGUUGUUUUAUACUGAUUCAGAGUGGCUGACUUCAUUCCUUGCUAUGAGAUACUCUCAGGCAUUAAGACACUUACCUGUUUCUGCAGGAUGGAUUCAGUUCGUGAACUCCCAGACCAGGUCAUGUCAAACAAGUAGACUUUAAUUUGUGUCGUGAGAAAAAUCUCAGUCCCUUACUUCACAAUCUACUUAAGGGCCAGCUGUCCUCAACUAUACUCUAAUGAAUGCACUGGUUAAAUGUUGGGAAUGGUUUCUUUGUAUCUUUUGUCUCUUAUUCUCUAGACUAACCCUGAUUACAUGACUCUGUCUACAAAUCAUCAAACAAGGCCUGUGCAUCCUCAACUAAUAAAAAUCUAAUGACUAGCUUGCUUGUAUAUACAACUAUUUGUUAAUAAGAAGUUAUCUACAAACUCCAUUUUUCUACUACCUUCAAAAUGUCAGCUCGAUUUUCUCUUCUGUACUUACAGAAAAAGACACUGAUCUACACUGCCAGUCAUUCCCUUUAAUCCUGUCAAAUGCAGUCAAAAUGAGGGGCUUAAGGUGAGGAUGAUCAUCUAUUCAAGAGUCUAAUGUACGCUGUGUAUAAGAAUUGAUGGUUGAAAAUGAAGAAAGCCUAAAACUCAAACCCAGGAUCUUAACUACUAUCUGCCUGCCUCAGAUCUCAAUCUAAGUCUUUCAGCAGCACCAUCCAACCAAUCUAAGGCCUUGUUUAUAAGCUGAUUCUCAGAGAUGGGCUGAGUUUCAGAAGAUGGAGACUUGAUUACCAAAGAGAGUAGGGCCAACCUUCAUGAACCUGGCUCUCCCAACCUUGUCAUUCCCAGAUGUAGCAUAGACUUCUCAACAGAACCUCAAGUCUGAAUUGAGAAUAUAGCCUUCUACUGAGCUGAAAGUUCUGGGGCAGAUAAACAGAAAAAUGAAAGCUGCUAUACCUGACUGGCCCUUUAAGAUCAGAAAAUGAUAUCCAGAGUAAACCCUAAGGAAUGACCCUGGAGUACUCAGGGUAAAAACUAAUUUACAGAGCUUCGAUAUCAAUCUACCCAUUUUCCCAGAUCACAUCCUGGCUAUUGGUGUGGCUAGCCCUGCUGAAGGUACCCUAUUUGUCUCUUUAGACUCAGCCCUUGUAUGCCUUUUUUGACAUGUUGGCAAUCAGACUGGCUGUGCAUGAGAGAACUACAACUGGUAUCAGCCUGUCUUACACUCAGUUCCACCAAGGAGUUUUGAAUAGAAGCAGCCUGCAUCUCACACACAUACACACACCCCCAGGACUUAAUGUUCACAACUGGAAGGACUGUGCUAUAUACUACUUGACCAGCAGCCCUUUUUUUUUUUUUUAAGUGCAGAGUAAGCCUCUACACUUACAUAUAUUUCAUCAUUUUCAGCACUUGAGACCCCUUCUACCAGAUCUGAAGGACUACAGAUUGAAAGCACUGUCCAUUCCUCUCUUCUGCAGUAAUACAGAGGUGACAGAAAUGUACCACUUCACCUUGACAAAAGACUAAAGGAAUGCAAGAAAAGUUUUCCACGGAACUUAGAAGUUACACUGACUUAAUAGCCUCACAGAACUAUUUGCCAGUGGGAGGCUUGUUGUCCUGCGUUGUGUCUGCAAGAUGGCUGGGCUCUCAGAUUCAAGGCCACUGAGUUUACUUCUGUUGAAACGCUAUUGCAUCAUCCAAAGUAUGCUAUUGGACACAAUUAUUCCAUUGAAAUGGAUUACAAGCUUCCUGAGUACAGGACAAACUUAACUCCUCAUGAUGUUUUUUCAGAAUACUUUUAUCGUCAAGAAAGUAACAGAUGCCAGCUGUUAGUGAACAGAUACUAAACUUUUUCAGUAUUAUGGGUCAUAUUGACAUCAGGUUUUGAUUGACCAGCAUCCAUUCCAUCUCUUUGUAGCAACUCUGUGAUGUUUCUUGGAACCACUUUUCCGUAUCUUCAGUCCACAUGAUUCAGACAGUCUGGCCCAACUUGAAGCUUCAUGGGUGGACAUGUAAUUCAGACCUGAUCAAUCAGCAUAGUCCAUUCUUUCACCAUAAAGAUUGGUUCUGGAAUGGUUGUGUGAUCCAAGUUGGUCCAGUGAUACUCAGCCCUAGGAGUUCUACUGAACUGUGGAGGAGAAGCUCAGAAGCUCUCUUUACUGAGGUUGCUUGGCUUUGUAGUAUGAAAAGCUCAAACCAACAGGGCCCACCAUAUCAAAUGAGCCAGAGAAUGAAGCCAGUGCAGAGCCAAAUGAUGGAGAGACUUGAGUCCUGAUGACAAUGUUUGUGCCCCUGGAUCCAACCGUGCCUGAAGCUAGUAUAUCCCUAUGGACUUUUCAGUUAUGUGAGCCAAUAAAUACCCUUUUUUGCUUUAA